CACAACUUGACUUGGAGUUCAAGGUUAUCCAAAUGCUGCAAAAUUAUACCUUACAAAUUACUCAUAUAUGUGUUUAUGAUUUCUGUCAUUCAUUUGCGUCCAUGUUAGGGGCACAUAGAAAGUGGCUGUUGACCAGGAUUGAGGAACCUGUUUUACAGACACACCUGUUUUACCCACGUGACUCAAACACUGAAGCAGGAAAAAGAAACAUUUGAUUGAGAAGCUGCUGUUUUUGUGUCUCUCUACAUUCAUACAAUAAAAUGGCAGAAGCAAGAUUUUCUCAGGAUGAGUUCUUGUGUCCAGUCUGUCUGGAACUUCUGAAGGAUCCUGUGAGCCUCCACUGUGGACACAAUUAUUGUAAGGGCUGUAUUAGCGGCUUCUGGGAUCAGGAGGAUGAGAAGAGAGUCUACAGCUGCCCUCAGUGCAGACAGACCUUCAGUCAAAGACCUGCUUUAGCUAAAAACACCAUGCUGGCUGAAGUGGUGGAGAAGCUAAAGAAGACUAAACCUCCUGCUGACUGCAAAGCGGGAGCUGGAGAUGUGCAGUGUGAUGUCUGCACUGGAACAAAAUACAAAGCCAUCAAGUCCUGUCUGCAGUGUCAGGAAUCUUACUGUCAAACUCAUUUUGAGAACCAUGAAGAGUUUCACUUUCGUAAAUCACACAAAGUGAUUGAUGCAACUGGACAACUGCAGGACAUGAUCUGCCAGAAACAUAAGAAAGAGCUAGAAAUCUACUGUAUCACUGACCAACAGUGCAUCUGUGAGCUGUGUAAGGAGUUUGAACAUACAACUCACGAAACACUAUCAGUUGCAGAACAAAGGAAAGAGAAACAGAAAGAGCUGAAGGAGACACAGGUAAAGCUCCAGGAGAGUCUCCAGCAGAGACAGCAAGAACUUCAGCAGUUGAGGGAGGCAGUGGAAUCUCAUAAGCGCUCUGCACAGACAGCAGUGAAAGACACUGAAAGGAUCUUUACUGAGCUCAUUUGCUCCAUUGAGAAAAGAUGUUCUGAGCUCACACAGAUUAUCAGAGAUCAAGAAAAGACUGCAGUGAGUCGAGCUGAAGGACACAUGGAGUGGCUGGAGCAGGAGGUUGAAAAUCUGAGAAGGAGAAACGCUGAGCUGGAGCAACUUUCACACAAAAAAGAUCAUGUCCAGUUUCUGAAGAGUUUCCAGUCUUUCUCAGCUCCUCCUGAAUCUACAGAUGUUUUAUCCAGUUCUCUCUUGUGUUUCGAUGGCCUGAGCGAAUCUGUUUCUCAGUUGAAAGACAAACUGGAGGACUUUUGCAAAAAGGAGCUCAAGAAGAUCUCAGACAGAGUGACAAAAACUAGUCCCAAGACCAGGAACGACUUCCUACAAUAUUCCCAUCAGUUCACUCUGGAUCUGAACACAAUGAACGAUCAUCUCCGUCUGUCUGAGAGCAACAGAGUGAUUACUGGUGCUGAAACAGCACAGCCAACUUUUGAUCAUCCAGACAAAUUUAAUGGUUGGCCUCAGGUGUUGUGCAGAGAGAGUGUGCGUGGACGCUGUUACUGGGAGAUAGAAUGGAGUGGCGAUGUUGGUGUGAUAUUAUCAGUAUCUUACAAAAGCAUCAGUAGGAAGGGAUUUGGGAACGAGUGUGCAUUUGGAGGUAAUGAUAAGUCCUGGAGUUUAGCCUGUUUUCCAACCAGAUACUCAUUUUGGCACAAUAGUAAACGGACCGAUCUCUCUGUAAAGCCCAUUAGCCGUAUGAUAGGAGUGUAUGUGGAUGAGAGUGCAGGAAUUCUGUCCUUCUACGGCAUCUCUAACACAAUAAGCCUCAUCCACACAGUCAAGACCACAUUUACCCAGCCGCUCUACCCUGGUUUUACUGUUGAUCCUCGUUCAUCUGUAAAACUGUGUUAGUGAAACACAAUGACCGAUUAGACUUUGGCUGCGAGAUUAAUCAGAUGACAGUGACUUCUUUAAAGGGUGAUGAAAAAUCUACUUUUCAAGCUAUUUGGACAAACAUAUGUGUAUAUAGUGUAUAAACCAUCAUAUUGGGGUGAUAUAAACACACCCAGUCCUUUUUUUUUUCAAUUUAACAACAUAAAAACAACAUAAGAGCGGUUUUCAGACCGACUUUACGUAGGAGAGUGGCCCCACCGCCCACCAAAUUGAUUGACAGCAGCAAAGUGACAGGAUACAAGUAAAUGACGCUACAGAUCCAUUAGGUAUGGAGUCCAUCUAGGGCCAUAUAUACUUGCAUCAUAAAACAAAGUUUUGCAAACAAAAAUAAAUUAUUGAACAAAAAAUUGCAAAAUGAUUAAAUUCUUUUUAAAAAAUAAAAAAAGAGAAAUAAAAAGGAAUUCUGCAAACAAAGAGAAAGAACUGCAAAUAAAAAUCAAGU